CAGCUUAGAAUAUUUUUCUCUUGCUAAGAGUUAUGUAGAUUAUCAAAUUUACGAAUACAUAAUGUUGCCAUAAAUAACACUAGGCAACGGCAUAUUUGUGUUCGGGUUGAAAAUGGGCUUAAUCGAUAGUUUAGACCCUAAAACAAAAAACAGAGUGGGGAUUUUCAAUUUGAGUUGUUUUUGUAUUCAGGAGAGAUGAUCAAAGUUGCAAAAAUGGCCGUUUUUGCCCUAUUUCACAAGUUUGUGGAGACAUCAGUAUUAUGUUUCAAAAAAAACCAAGGUCAUAUUCGGAUUCUACGCACUUUUUUAAGUAAACACUUUCACCGGAUUUUUGAUUUUCGAAGUUUCAAGCGCAUACGGAAGAUUUUUGUUUGUAACAUAUUUUAAAACUUGAAGCGAGAGCCUCGCCCGCGCGAACACGGUUCCGAGCCACGAUUACGUGGUGGAGUAACGCCAGCGUCGCGCGCUCCGAGUUUUAAAAAUAUGUUACAAACAAAAAUCUUCCGUAUGCGCUUGAAACUUCGAAAAUCAAAAAUCCGGUGAAAUUGUUUACUUAAAAAAGUGCGUAGAAUCCGAAUAUGACCUUGGUUUUUUUUGAAACAUCAUACUGAUGUCUCCACAAACUUGUGAAAUAGGGCAAAAACGGCCAUUUUUGCAACUUUGAUCAUCUCUCCUGACUACAAAAACAACUCAAAUUGAAAAUCCCCACUCUGUUUUUUGUUUUAGGGUCUAAACUAUCGAUUAAGCCCAUUUUCAACCCGAACACAAAAAAAAGGUCAAAAAUUGUUGCCUAGUGUAAUUUGUAAAUCUUUUGAAUUUUUCUUUUUUAUGCAGUUAUUGUAGCAUUUUUGUAAAGUACGUUAUAAAGAUUCAUCUUAUAGCUUCAACUUUUAAUCCUUUUUUUAUUACUUACCUACGUUCAGUUGUUUCCAAAGCUUUUGUGGUUAUAAAAUGGCGGCUUGUGUUCAUAAAGUAAUUAUUUUCCUGUUUGUUUGGAUGAUGUUUGAGAUUUUCUUGGAUGGAAAAGUAUUAAAGCCACCAGAUUACAAGAAUUUCCGAUGCAAUAAUGGAAAAUACAUACCAGGAGAUUAUUUUUGUGAUGGUAACAACAAUUGUAGAAGUGGAGACAGAGACUACAGUGACGAAUCGUUUGGGUGUGAUAGGUGGUCUUGUAACAACGGAACAUUCAAAUGCUCUUCUGAUGGAGCGUGUAUAAAUAUAACCCAUCGUUGCAACACAAUUGCUGACUGUGCUGAUCAAUCUGACGAAUUAAAUUGCGGUGGCGAAAAUGACAUUGUUAAUUGCUCACUCGACAAAGGAAAAUAUUUAUGCCAUGAUAAAUUGAAAUGCCUUGAUUAUAUUUACACGUGCGAUGGUGUGUGCAAUUGCUUCGAUUGUUCGGAUGAAAAUAUUGAUAACUGCUAUAAAUUUGAUUCCGAUUUUUGUCGUUCAUGUCCACUUUUUUGCUUACCUACUCCCGAUGGCCCUCAAUGUGCUUGUGAUCCGAACAAUACAAACGAAUCGAGUCAGUUCUGCAGUCGAGAAAUUAGACAUUGCGAUCAUUAUACCAAUUGUGAUCAGUAUUGUUAUAUUUAUAAUGGUAAAAUGCAGUGUUGGUGUUCAGAAGGUUUUCACGAUGUGCACCACUACGACUACCCAUAUAAUAAAGAAUGCAGAAGCAAUGAAUGGCAGGAUAAUGUGCUGAUUUAUUCGACCAUCUCAAAAAUUAAAGCAAUCAACAUGACCAGUAAAAAAGUUCAAAUCAUCCAAACUGAAUUUAAUCAUCAAACAGCCCUGACUGGUGCAAAUAAUCAUAUAUAUUACGCACGUUUUCAUAAUGACAGAUCAUAUAUUUUUAAAACUCGUAUCCAAGGUGGAAAAGCCGAUCCGAUCAUCGAAUCAGCUUCUUCUAUUACUUCUUUGUCCGUUGAUUGGAUUACUCAAAGUGUAUAUUUCACGAGUAAUGGAUCUCUAUCAGUGUGCAAUAAUGAUGGUAAACUCUGUGUUGAACUUGAAUGCUGUAACGAUGCAGACAAUGUUGUUAUUUUCCCCAACUUUGGGCAAAUGUACUACACUGAAAAAUCAGAUUUUCAAAACGAAAGAAACGUUAUAAAAUCAAAUAUGGAUGGUUCAGAAAAAAAUAUUCUCAUAGAUGCGAGUUUUGUUCAUCCUCUUUCUUUAGCAAUAAAUGAAAAAAAGAAGACUUUAUAUGUAUAUGAAUUGAGCACAAAUUCUCUGUAUUCCAUCUCACUUCUUGAGCCAGGCGCAGAAAUAAGCAUGCAAUUGCAAUUGAAAACAUAUCAUUUAGAGAGUAAGGAAAUAUUCUCAUCAUCGUUCACUGUACUUGACAAUCAGCUAUACUUUUCCAAGCCCAACCAUAGCAACAUAAUUUACGCAUUGCAUGAUAAUCACCACAAGGUCAUUAGAGACUUUUACACCGAUUUAGAAACAAAUGCUAUAAUACACUUGUAUGCGUAUAAUCUUCAUGUACGACAAAUAAACACGAGUAAUACAGAGAAUCCUUGCAAGAAUGCAUCGUGCGAUGGUCUAUGUUUACUGCGUCCUAUUUCAUCAACAAAUCAAUUGAAUUACACGUGUAUGUGUCAGAAUUAUUCUUCCACAACUGGUAUUCAUUGGUGUCACCGCCAUUCUACUUCUACCCAACCAAUCGGGAAUCUUGGAUCGAAUUUAAAUGCUGAAUUUACCUCUCCAAACAAACAAACUUUGUCUGGCACUAAAAUUAGAAACGAAGAUGAAAUGUCAGGUGAACCAAUUCGAAAUUCCACUCAUGGCGCUAAAAAUGAUGCGCAUAUGUCCAAUGAUUCUUCAGUUCCUAUGGUUUCUUAUUCAACAGCACCUGAGCAAAAUUCAAAAUUUGACCUAAUUUUAAGUUUAGGUUUCAUGUCGGGUGUUGCUUUGAUAUUAGGUGUUGUUGUUUUGAUAUUAGGUGUUAUUGUUUCGUACUUAAUUGUGGGAAAAGUGUAUUCGAAGAGAAGUCAUAAACGGGUGGAGAUCGCCGAGUUAAUGGAUAUACAAUAAAUAGGCUAUGUAGGUUGUAGGUACUUACAUUAAUUGCGUUGGCAGAUAAUUUAUAUUUUAAUAUUAAUGCUUAUAGGUACCUACUUAGUUAAUUUUUACGGUUCUUGUUUCUGUAAUAAAAUUAAAUUUAAAUAAAAAUUUUUCU